AGCAAAUUGACGGGUGCAACUGUGCGAGUGAGUUGCAGCAAGAGACCGCGUCACAGCAAGUUAUGAAGCCAAAACCUUCUCUUUUUUGUUUGUUGAGUGAACAAGCAGGGGCUAAAGUCAUGAAUGAAUUUGGAGGAAAAGAGGCUUGCAAAGGAAAGUCACGGAAAAGGAAAGACAAACAAGGAGUUGAACCUGAAGAAGAAGACAAAAACUAUUUUCGGUGGAAUAUAGCUAUGGAACGUGAAUUAGCUGAUAUACUUCGCGAGGAUUGCAACUUAGGUUACAAAUGAGAUGGUGGAUGGAAGACAGUUGCUUACAAUACUGCUGCAAAUAUAUUAGAUGCACAAUUUAAUCUCCAAAUAAGUGCCGAUAAUAUUAGAAAUCGUGUUAAGUCAUGGAAAAAGUUCUAUGGAGUAGUGAGUGAUAUAUCAAAUCAAAGUUGAUUUAGUUGGGAUUCAACAAAAAAGAUGAUAAGUGUACAUGAAGAUCAUGUUUGGGAAGAAUAUGUGAAGUCUCAUGACGAUGCUAGAGGUUUUCGAUUUAAAGUUAUAGAAAAUUGGGAUGAUUUAGUAGAUUUGUGUGGCAAAGAUAGAGCCACUGGAGAAGGCGCUGAAAUAGGUGUAGAUGCAACUGAGGUUAUGACUCCUACUAAUGAAGUUGAUCAUGUUGAUAUGGAUGGUGAUACACAAGAUUUAGAAGAUAUUCAUGUUAUUGAUGAUAUUUCACCAACCUCAACAAAUGGUCAAAAGAGAAGAAAUCGUGCAUCAAAUUCUUCUGAUACUCUUCCUACAAAGAAAAGAGGUGUUGUCAAAGAUGUUAUUGCUGAUUCGAUUGCUAGAAUGGCUUUAUCAUUUGAAGAGUUUAUCCGUGCUGAUACUAAGAAUUUUGAUCCAGCAGAGGUAUAUGCUGAAGUACAAGCAGUACCAGGUUUUAGUGAAAAUGAACAACUCAAAGCAUGUGCUUGGCUGAUAGAAAAUGACAAACAAUUUUAGAUGCUGAAGGCACUCCCAGUUGAGAAAAAAAAGAGUAUGUUGCUGAUG